AUGGGAAUCAACGAUGAAAUGGAGGAAAUCGGGGGAGUAGAGGAGGGGAUGAUGCCCGUCUUCACCGUCUUGAAGGACGGAAGGGUCCUGAAGAACAUCUUCCUGAACGAGCCCCCGCCGGAGCAGGAGCAAGGGUCGCCGAUGAGGCCCCGAGGAGAGGAGAAGAUCCUCGUCGGGAGGCACCCGGAGUGCCACAUCGUCGUCGAUCACCCGAGCAUCAGCCGUUUCCACCUCGAGAUCCGCGUGCAGGCGUCUUCCCGGAGGAUCUCCGUGGUUGAUCUCUCUUCCGGUAGGGAAUCCCCGAUCGUUCGAAUUCGUUUCCCUUUCUGCUGCUGCUGCUCUUGACCUAAAAUCUGAUCUCGUUAUGUUCUUCCCGAUCUAUUCGUCCAAUGUUUCCUCAUCCUAUUCGAUUCCUUCCUUUGACCUUCUUCUCCAUUAUGUUCUUCCGGUAGGGAAGCCUCGGUCCUUCGAAUUCGUUUCCCUUUCUGCUGCUGCUGCUCUUCGCUGACCUAAAAUCUGAUUUCGUUAUGUUCUUCCCGAUCUAUUCGUCCGAUGUUUCCUCAUCCGAUUCGAUUCCUUCCUUGCUGACCAUCUUCUCCAUUAUAUUCUUCCGGUAGGGAAAACCUGAUCCUUCAAAUCAGUUUCCCUUUCUGCUGCUCCUCUUCGUUGACCUAAAAUCUGAACUCGUUAUGUUCUCCCCGAUAUAUUUGUGAUCUCCAAUCCUUUCCUCGUCCGAUGCUUCCUCAACCGAUUCGAUUCCCUUUUUUUUUGGCUGACCUUCUUCUCUAUUCGUCUCCCGGCAGUUCAUGGGACUUGGAUCUCAGGGAACAGGCUCCAACCACAGGUCGCCAUGGACCUCGCCGAAGGUGACACGAUGAGGAUCGGCGCGUCCUCGAGGAUCUACGAACUCCACUGGAUUCCUCAGAGGACCGCUUUCGAGCUGGAUAAUCACCUGGUGGCCCUGCCGGAGGCGCGCUCACUGAAUCACCAGGCAAGAUAUUCUGUAGUGAACGAGCUUUCUUGUGUUCUUCUAUAUGCCUUUUGA